UCGUUUCUCUCUUCUCUUCUUUUCUCUUCAAGUUGAUUAUUUACCCCGGCUCUAGAAGAAAACCGGCUCUGCGUCGCCAGGGAAGACAGGCACUUCGGUGUCUCCUUCCACUCGGACGCUGAGUUGAACUUUAAGCUGGGCAGACUGAUGGCGUUGAAUAAACGUCACGGCGCUUUUAAGAAUUGGGAACUCGAACCACCGUUUUCCGAUCCCGUUGAGUGUACGACAUACUUUCGUCUCCCAAAAGGAUAUCUUGUGAUAUGUAGUCUCGAAUUUCCGCCCUUAAGGCGUCGCAUAAAUCUGAAUUGCAUUUGCCUCGCAUGGUAAAAGACGUCAGUCACGCAAGGUAUCCUGGACGACCAUCUUGCGGAGGGACCCC